AUGGCUACUUUGGAAGACAGACUAUUGGGAGAAAAGUUAGACUAUUACUGUUCAAGUUCUGAAGAUGAAGGUCAUCAGGCUGGCAAGAGAGAAUCACAUGGCGAAGAAGACGAAGAAGGUGAUCAUCAAGACCCAAGUCUUGAUCUAGACGAGAUUUAUUCCGUCAAGACUGAUAAGACUGGUCCGAAAGGUGUAAUAGAAGACUUUCGACGAUAUAAACAGUUAGAAAAAGAGAAAAGACAUGACAAUGAUCGCGAAAAGGCUGAACUUGCUAAGAAGCUUUCUAUGGUUUGCAAUACACAACAACAGGAAGAAGAUGAUAUCGACUUCGAAAAUGAUCCAAUCCUAAAACAAUUAAUGCAACGAAGACUAGAGGAAAUGAAGGGUGCAGCAGCAGUAUUACCCAAAUUUGGUAAAUUAUACGAAAUUAAGUCCACCGAAUAUUUGGAUACAAUCGACAAAGAAAAUUCAAAUGUUACGGUUAUCGUACAUUUAUAUAAUAAUGUCAAAUUUUGUAAUGCCAGGGCGUCUGGUAUACCUAUUCUCAGCGCCGAAUUCACACAACGAGGAUUGCCGGCGCUUCUUCUAUACCGUGAUGGUAAUGUGAUUGGUAAUUUUAUUCGUAUAACAGACAACCUUGAAGAUCGGUUUGACGCUGUUGACGUUGAAAAUUUUCUCUUAGAGCAUGCCAUGCUCCCGACUAUGGACAGAACAUUUGCAGAUACAUUAAAUUCAGAUUCAAGCGAUGAAUAA